UCAGCUGUCAGUAGAGAGAAUGGUGGAGGGAAAGAUAGCCAUGUCAUCAUCAACUCUUCCUGAAGACCGUCUAGAGGGACUUAUCCCAAGGCCACAGAACUUUCAUAAACGAGUUAUUUUACUGCAGGUGACAUUGGAUACUCUAUUUGGCAAAGGGGCAUGUGACAAGGGUACACUGACUCAAAUAAAAAAUGUAUUUGGACAUAGAAAUGUGAAAAAGAAAGCAUCAGACUGCAUGAACCAUCUCACAAAUUUCAUGGACUUUGUCACUGAGGGUCACAUCCUGCUCCUUGCCGCUCAGCUAAGACCAAGUGGGGAGCUUAAACAACUGUUAACUUCCUCGGAUGAGGUUUCCACAUUGACAAGGGAGAUAGUACAAUUUAUAAGGCCCCAAGUAAAUGAGUACAUGGCUAGUGUAGAUGAUGAUAGGAAUUACACAUGUAUCUGUAAUGAAGAAGAUGGAGGAGCUGAAUGGAUUGAGUGCUCAAGCACUGUACACUGUGAAACCAGAUGGUUUCAUAAAGACUGUGUUGAUGUUUCUGGGGGAGCUGAGGAGGAUGAUUGGUGGUGUUCGUCUGACUGCCAGGCUAAAGGUCUAAGUGCAUACUGCUGUGGAAGGCAGUUAGACAACACAGACUGGAGAUGGAUACAGUGUGCCUCGAGGAGUGACUGCAUUCAGCGUGAAUGGUUCCACUCUGUUUGUGUGGGAUUGAAAGAGAAUCAAACUGUAAAUGGUUGGAUGCCCAAGCGCAUAGCAGAAAAUUUGAUAUGGAACAGCACUGCAAAUCUGAGAGGUGAAGCGGGUUGCAACAUACCUCUUGACCUGAUCAAUGAAUUCUUGAAUAAUGAAUUCAAAACCAACUUGAAAAGAAUCAAGGGUCAGUAUACAGACUCAGCAGUCCAAAGGUGCAGCCUAAUUUCUGGAACCAUUGGAAAAGGGCUGGAAGAGAAGUUCAUGAGUCAGGUGGUAGACAAAUACAUUGGACGAUCAAAGUCUGUCCAUGUGUCACACAAACGGGACUUAAACAAGUUUGUAAAGGUAUACAAAGGAGAAUGCCUUUUUCAGCAUGUGCCUGGACGACACCAUAGUGCUUAUGAACAUUUUGUGCAUCACAUUCCUCUCAAGAGUCCCUCAAAGUUGAAAGACAGACUGGUGAAAUAUGGAGUCAAACUUGACACAGAGAGGCUUCUAUGUAAAUAGAACAAUUGCUGUGCAAUAUGAACUAUUGUAUGAAAACUAUGACAUUGUGAUCUACAUGUAUAGGAGUAUGAUAAAUGAUUGAAAAACAAUUUUUGAUCAUUUGCUGUAUAAAAAUUUCCUCCAAUUUUCAAACUUAACAAUCUAGUCCUUAAACAAACUGUUUUAUUCUUAAAUUUGAUAUUACAAAAUAUCAGUUAUAAUAGUCUCUAACUGAUUGUAAAAUAACAUGGGCACUGUCUCUUGCAGUUUGAGCAACAUGAGCAAACAGGACAAUUGCAUUGUUCACAUUUUCUGUCAUUAUUGAACAAUUUGGUUGGUGCCUUAAAUAUCUGAGUAAAAGACAAUAAAUCCAAUAUGUAUUGACGGUAACAGCUGUCAGUUUUCACAAGGCCCUGUAUUUCUUUUGAACAGUUUAUUAA